AUGGAUGCUUAUUCCAUGACGUGUACUCCUCCAGCCCUUCGUCACAUGUCCCGAAUCUAUCAGGACCUGACAUCAAGACACUUCCAGAGAGUAUCCGCUAAUUGUACAUCUUUGAACCCCAACAACAAACAGAGUAUAGUGCAAGACGAAAAGACACCCCACGUCGGCAUAAUAGGUGCAGGUAUCGCAGGCCUGCGCUGCGCCGACAUCCUUGCGCAGCAUGGCUUCCAGGUAACGAUUCUUGAGGGCCGCGACAGGAUAGGCGGCCGGUUGUACCAAGACCGCCUCGCCAACGGACAAACCAUUGACAUUGGACCCAACUGGAUCCACGGCACCAAGACCAACCCGAUCCUGGACAUCGCCAAGGCGACGGGCACGGCCAUGGGCAGCUGGGACUCAAGCUCGUACGUGUUCGAUGAGGAGGGCACGCUGUACGGCCUCGAGGAAGGCGAGAAGCACGCUACCAUGAUGUGGGACAUUGUGCAGGCCGCCUUCAAGUACUCCAACAAGCACACGGCCGAGAUCGACCCGGGCGAGAGCCUGCUCGACUUCUUCAGGACCAGCCUGCGCGAGCUGAUCCCUGAGACCGAGGACGGGUCGUGGCAGAGGAAGCGCGAGGUCGUGCUCCAGAUGGCCGACCUGUGGGGCGCCUUCGUGGGCAGCCCCGUGGACCGGCAGAGCCUCAAGUUCUUCUGGCUCGAGGAGUGCAUCGAGGGCGAGAAUCUCUUUUGCGCCGGGACCUACACCAAGAUCCUCGAGCACAUCGCCGCCCCGGCCCUGCAGACCGCCACCAUCGAGUACAACACGACCGUCGCCCAGAUCCACGGCCGCGGCGCCCAGCCAGAGGACGGCCCUGUCCGCGUCACCCUCACGACCGGCGAGCAGCGCGCCUUCGACCACCUCGUCGUGACCUGUCCGCUCGGCUGGCUCCAGAAGAACCCACAGGCCUUCGACCCGCCCUUACCGGCCCCUCUCACCCGCGCCAUCAACACCAUCGGCUACGGCUGCCUCGAGAAGGUCUACAUCGCCUUCCCGCGCGCCUUCUGGCUCGACCCAGACCCGGCCCUGGGCGGCCGCCACAUGGAGGGGUUCGCCCAGUGGCUCGCCCCGGCCUUCGCCCCGGACACAAACCCUGCCCGCUGGACCAUCGAGGUCGUCGAGCUCGCCUCCCUCGCAGGCCCCGACUCCCCCCACCCGACCCUCCUCUUCUACCUCUACGGCGCCCAGUCCGCCCACCUCGUCUCAGCCCUCGCCGCCCUCGGGCCCGACAAGGACGCCCGCGAUGGCUAUCUCCGUCGCUUCUUCGCCCCGUAUUACACCAGACUCCCCAACUUCCGCGCCAACGACCCGGACUGCCGGCCCACCUGCACCUAUGCGACCUCCUGGCUGGCCGACGACCUCGCGGGCAACGGCAGCUACGCCAACUUCCAGGUCGGCCUGGAGCGGGGCGAUCGUGACAUCCGCACGAUGCGGGAAGGGUGGCCCGGCGCGGGCGUGUGGCUGGCGGGCGAGCAUACCGCGCCCUUUGUGGCGCUGGGCACGGCGACAGGGGCGUACUGGAGCGGGGAGAGCGUCGGGAGGAGGAUCGCCGAGGUAUACGGUAGGCGGGUCACUGGUAGUGGUGGUGAUGGUGAUGGUGACGGCGACAAUGACAACAGCGCCCGCGCGGAGGGCACUGACAGCGGCGAGAAGGUACUAGUCGACUAG